AUGGCGAAGAAGAAGGGGCCUGUCAAGAAGAGGUAUGGCUCCAAAAAGGCUGAGCCUGUGCCCAAUCUCUUUGAGCGCCUGAGCUCCCACAAGAAGUUCGACGUGCUGGGCCGGAAAAAGCUCAACGGCCCUCAGGAGAAGAGCAGGUUACGCAGCGCGGCUCAUGAAUUGAGGAAAAACACGCUUCUGGUGGAGUACAAGCAGCUCCGAAAGUCGAAUGCCUUCAUCGACCGACGCUUUGGAGAGGACGAUGAGAGCCUGACUGCUGACGAAAAGGCGUUGCUCCGUUUCCAGAAGCAGCGGAUGCAGGAGCUCGCAGGUGGCAAGUUUGCACUCCCCGACGACACCCAGGAGGUGGAGCUGACGCAUCUAGGUCGCAGCCUGGCCGAGUCCCAGGGACUGGGCGAGGACUGGCAAAGGGAUGAUGAGGACGACGGCCUGCCCGACUACGACGUCUCCGCGCACUUUGGCGGCGGGGACGGCGAGGGCGGCGACCUUUUCCAGCUCAAGCCCCGCAGCGAGUCCGCCGAACUCGAGGGUGGGGAUGGCGACGACGCGCCCGCCCCACGCCGCAGCAAGGCGGAGGUCAUGGAGGAGGUGAUCGCCAAGUCCAAGGCCUUCCGUGCGGCCAAGCAACAGCAGCGGGAGGAGGACGUGGAGGAGGUGGAAAAGCUGGACUCCGUCUUCCGGGAGCUGGGCGCUGCAGGGGCCCUCUCCCGCCUCGUGCGGCCCAAGGGCGCCAAGGGGAGCCUGGCUGGGUUGGAGUCUCGUGAGGACGUGGCUUUUGACAUCGCUGCCCGGGAACUGGUCUAUGAGGCUAAGGGUGGCCCCGCGGAUCGCCUGAAGUCCCAGGCGGAGCUGGAAGCCGCCGAGAACGAGCGUGCCGCCAAGGCAGAAGCCGCGCUGCGCCACCGACUCAAGGCCAAGGACCUGGGCGAGGGGUCGGACAAGGACGGCGAGGACGUCACCGACAUGCUGGAGCUGCCCUCUGGCGGCUUCGCUGCCCGCCGCGCCAAGGCCGCCGCUGUCGCCGCGGCUCAGGGCAAGAAGCGCAAGGUCAGUGGAGAGCAGCAGGCAGCGCCCUCCAUGCUGCAGCGCUUGCCGACCACCUACCCGGAGUUUGCACGCCUGGUGGAGGGCCUCUCCGCAGCCGAGCUGCACGAGACGGUCGGCGCACUUCGCGUGACCCACGCCGCCGCGCUGGCUCGGGACAACCGCGCUGGCAUGCAGACCUUUUACGGCCAGCUGACGCAGCACUUUGCCAGCGUGGCGGCGGCUGGGGGCCAAGAUGCAACCGCCGCGCUGGACGCGCUGCUGCCGCAUCUGCUGGAGCUGACGGCGGAGGUGCCGCUGUACGCCGCAACGCUCGCGCGCGCGCGGCUCUCAAUCCCCGAGGCCCUUGAGUUUUGCGCGCGCGCGCUGCGCAGCGUCACAGCAGGGUGGGUGGGCGAGGGCGAGGACGGCGAGGGCGAGGACGGCAAGGACGGCCUCGUGGCGCGGCGGCCCCUGGUCCUGGCGGCGGCGGUGCGCAUUGCCGAGGCGCGGCAGUACAACCCGCGCUUCGAGGACGGCUACGUGGCCACCAAGGACUACGACCCAGACAGGGAGAGGUCGGAGCGGCGCAAGCUGCAGCGCCAGGUGAGGAAGGAGCAGCGGGGCGCGGCGCGCGAGCUGCGCAAGGACGGGGCCUUCAUGGCCGCAGUCCGGGACAAGGAGAAGGCCACCAAGCAGGCGGCCCUGGACAAAUCGGCCAAGCGGGCGAUGUCCUUCUUGCAAAAGCAAGAGUCCGACUUCAAGAGCGGAGGGCAGGGCGGCAUGUGGAAGAAGGGCAAGAAGUUUUGA